GUGUGUGUGUCUGAGGUGUUUUAAUAUAAUGUAAUUGGCAAUGUUCCAGGAGUGCAUAUUCGUUCAAAUUUCCUUUCACACCUUCUAUUAAAAGAUAGUUUCGAAACCCGGUAAAUUUACAAGGAACACAGUGUUUAUAGUAUAAUUCAAAUGCAUCGAUUAAUUCUUGUGUAGCUGGUUAAAUGAAUUUUUUGGAGAUUCUUAUUGUGGUUUUGAAUCUGGUGCAUUCGGGAUUUCGAACUGGAGUUUGUUGUCUUUAAAUGUGAAAAAACAGUUGUUCAGAAAAGUCCAAGAUCCAAGACUAGUUAGUGGUGUCUAUACAAAUACAAAUUUAAAUAUCGAUUUAAAAUAUUUCUAUAUUCCUCCUCUGGUCUGUGUGGUAAGGAGCUACUCUGUAGAUUAGUUUCGGUAAGAGACUGUGAUGAAUUUGACUUUUCAUUGCCAGCUCCAGUUAGCUCGGAACUAAACGGAACAGUAUUAUUUACAGUUAGUUCCCAAACUAAACACAAUAGUAUAAUUUAACCUUUCCAAGCUCUCGUAAAUUUUUACUGCUGUGAAACACAGCGAUGCAAAUGAAUAUGCUCAUAGUUACUGACUUAAUAACAUGCCUGUGGCUCCUGAAACAAUAACUCCUUAUGAAAUAUAAUAAAUAUAUAUUUAAAUACAGUAUACCGCAACUGCUAUUUUGCUUUUUUAUUACUUCAAUUACUGUAUAAUUUUAUGUGAAGGUCUCCGAUCACAAGGUUUUUGCUGGGAACACGAACCACUGAUGGGAUGAUUAAUUAUGAUAUAAAAUAGUCCGUUUAAAAAGGGUAAUAAUACAAAAUCUGAUCUUUUAAUCUCAGUUGGCCACAAUUAAAACAAACUUUAUAGUAUAACUCAAAUAUCCCUUUGCAUAAAAACAUAUGGCUUUGCUAUAAAAAUUAUGACUGGAAAACACUGACCCAUUAAUAGCCUGCGGAGUGAUUUAUACUUUAUUGUUCUGCUACCCUGCCAUGUGACUCCGGCAACCAAUGGGCUGACAGGCAGCCUUCAACUUAUUAGGUGACUGUACUUCUUGCAAGGACCAAGUUGUUACAUGAAAUCUGCAGUUUCAUAAUUUCAGCAGGUCCUGCUCUGUGUUUGUUGAAUGGCAAUGUCGACUUCAGGGACGCUCAGCAAUUAUUAUGUGGACUCUUUCAUAAUUCACGAGAGUGAAGACCUGGUGCAGUCCAGAUAUGCCUCUGCUCCACUGGCACCGCCAACGAGACAGCCAGCCCUGAGCGAGCACCCUGAAUUCACCCCAUGCAGUUUUCAGUCGAAAACUUCAGUCUUUAGCACUUCCUGGAACCCCGUUCACCCUCCGAGCGCUAAUAAUGUGCCCACUGUGUACCAUCCAUAUGUGCAUCAUCAGGCACCAAUGGCAGCGCCUGACGGCAGGUACAUGCGUUCGUGGCUCGAGCCUAUGCCGGGCUCAUUGUCUUUCCCUGGGUUACCUUCCAGCAGGCAUUACGGCAUUAAACCUGAACCGCUGUCGGCCAGAAGGGGUGACUGUACCACGUUUGACACGCACACGUUGUCUCUAUCUGAUUAUGCUUGUGGUUCUCCUCCAGCUGAUAGGGAUAAGCAACCCAGCGAAGGUGCGUUCUCUGAAAAUAAUGGAGAAAAUGAGACAAACGGAGAAAAACCACAGAUUGAUCCAAAUAAUCCAGCUGCAAAUUGGCUGCACGCAAGAUCCACUCGGAAAAAGCGCUGUCCGUACACCAAGCACCAAACGCUGGAACUGGAAAAGGAGUUUUUGUUCAAUAUGUAUCUCACUAGGGACCGUAGAUACGAAGUGGCGAGACUCCUUAAUUUAACUGAGAGACAAGUGAAAAUCUGGUUUCAGAACAGGAGGAUGAAAAUGAAGAAAAUCAACAAAGACCGAGCAAAGGAUGAAUAAUGAGGAAACACAGGUUACUUUUUUUUUUAAAGAAAAUCCUCCCUCCCCCCGCUCCAACCCCACCACACAAUGCAACUGUGCCCAGGCCUCGUUUUUUUGUCAUGGCAAAUUCUAAUCGUUAAUGUACCUUGUAACAGUAGCAUUGAAAUAUCCGUUUGCCAGUGCUACUGCGGAGGUACCGUAAUACUUUUAAUUUUAUAAUAGGAAAGAAAAGGGGGGCAUUAGCACGGAGGCUGUUUAUGGGCUUGUAUAAUUCUACCUGUUCUUCACUUACAAAGAAACAAAACAAAACAAAAAAAACUACCUUUUUGUAAUGCACAACUAUUUACGGACUGUAGAGUUUAGACUACGUAGUUAAUUUAAUUUGCCCUUUGCGCGGCAGAGAGAGGUCUGCUGUAAUACUUGAACACUGUGUUUUAUUGUGGUAAUUAUGUUUGUGACUCAACUUAUGUGCUUGGGUGCUGUACCAGAUGUGAUUGUGAAAGCUAGAAUUCAAUUUGAACUCAGGUUGUUUAUUAUAAAAGUUGCAUAGAGUAUAGCUCUGUAGUGUAAUAAGUCUUUUCUGUAUAACUAGACAGUAAACCUUUGAUUGUAAUAUCUAUCUACCCCCAACCUAUAUAUAGAGAUAUCUAUAUAUAUAUACCAAUUUAAACAAACAAAAAUAAUCAUAAAAAAAUCGCCGGGGUAUCUAAGAAUUAUGGUUCUCAAACUAUUACCAAGCAGGUCAUUUUAGUAUGAAAAGUUGAUAUAUAUAGUACUGUCUUUGUCAGCUGUAUAUAUAAUCUAUAUAUUAAGGAAAAAGUAAAUAAUCAGACUAGCUUAAAUAUUGUUUUUGCACCAGUAAGCAGUUAUCAGAUUUCGGAGCUAUACAUAUAUGUGAAAAGGGUAACUACCUAUGGUUUACGUUUUAAUUUUAAUCAAAUAAUUUGAAGCUUAUUGUAAUGAAGUUUAAUUUUAUUGAUAAUAAAUUAUACACUAUAAAAAGCUACAUUUGGUUAUUGUAGAUUUGUAUCGAAUAUAAAAAUCUGGGAAGUUAUGUUUAUGCAGAACAUACACUGUAUAUUUUGCAAUAGUUACCUCAUGGCCUACUGACCAAAUUGUUGUGUUGAAAUGAUAUUUAACUUUUUGCCAAAUAAAAUAUAUUGAUUCUUU